UCAACCUUUUGUUCCGGAGCCUAGGCCAGGUACCUCACAGGUCCCAGAUGUCCAGUUACAGGUGCCUGGACCCAAGUUGGAAAACUAUCUCUGGAGAAGCCCUCUUUCCACAGGCUGCCCGGGCAAGAUGUGGCAGCUGCUCCUCUGGGGAAUUUUCCAGGUUUGCCCCACUCAUGGCUCCGUCCUCUUGGCACAGAGACUACCCCAGCAGCUGACAUCCCCUAGAUACCCAGAACCAUAUGUCAAAGGCCAAGAGAGCACCGUGGAUAUCGAGGCCCCAGAGGGCUUUGCUGUGAAACUCGUGUUCCAGGACUUCGACUUAGAGCCAUCCCAGGACUGUGAACGGGAUUCUGUCACAAUCUCAGCCAAUGGGAUGGAUCUAAGCCAGUUCUGUGGUCAGCAGGGCUCCCCUCUGGGCAGCCCUCCUGGUCAGAGGGAGUUUGUGUCCUCAGGGAGAAGUUUGCAGCUGACCUUCCGCACACACACUGUCUCAGAGGACAAGCCCAUCCACCUCCACAAGGGCUUCCUGGCCCUCUACCAAGCUGUCGCUGUGAACUGUAGUCAGCCUAUCAGCUGGGCCAGCGUGGGCUCUGAGGCCAUCAACACACCUGGAGACAACCCCUCCAAGAUCCAGAAUCACUGCCAGGAGCCCUAUUAUCAGGCGGUGGCAGCAGGGACACUCUCCUGCACAGCCCCCAGGACCUGGAAGGACAAACAGGGUAGGGACGAGGUUCCUCAGUGUGUGCCCGUCUGUGGACGGCCAGUCAUCCCCAUUGCCCAGAAUCAGACGACCCUUGGUUCUUCCAAAGCUAAGUUGGGCAACUUCCCCUGGCAAGCCUUCACCAGCAUCUACGGCCGAGGGGGUGGGGCCCUGCUGGGGGAUAGAUGGAUCCUAACUGCUGCCCAUACCAUCUAUCCCAAGGACAGUGUCCCUCUCAGGAGGAACCUGAGUGUGGAUGUGUUCCUGGGCCACACAGACAUAGAUGAGAUGCUGAAACUGGGAAACUACCCUGUCCGCCGUGUCGUCGUGCACACAGACUACCGUCAGAAUGAGUCCCACAACUUCAAUGGGGACAUUGCCCUCCUGGAGCUCCAGCACAGAGUGCCCCUGGGCCCAAGCAUCCUCCCAGUCUGUCUGCCUGACAACGAGACCUUCUACCUCAGCGGCUUGCUGGGCUAUGUCAGCGGGUUUGGUGUAGAGAUGGGCUGGUUAACUACGGAGCUGAAGUACUCAAGGCAGCCCGUAGCUCCGAGGGAGGCCUGUGAGGCCUGGCUCCAAGAGAGGCAGAGGACCGAGGUGUUUUCUGAUAACAUGUUCUGUGUUGGGGAUAAGACACAGAAACGCAAUGCCUGCCAGGGGGACAGCGGUAGUGUCUAUGUGGUGUGGGACGAUCGUGCCCAUCACUGGGUGGCCACAGGCAUUGUGUCCUGGGGCAUUGGGUGUGGCACAGGGUAUGGCUUCUACACCAAAGUGCUCAACUAUGUGGACUGGAUCAAGGGAGUGAUGGACAGCAAGGACCGACCCUAGGACACUGACCAGUGACCAGUCAACACCGUGGAGACCCCAGUCAAGAUAGGGUUCAGAGUCAGGACUAACCCCUGAGGGCUGGAGAUCAGGGGACCCCUAUUGAAGUCAACAAGCCACCGCGCAAGAAAAGUCCUCCUCCCUCAAGCCUACACCAGCCCAGAGAGAAAGCAGAGUCCCAUAGCCCUUUCUCCCCACUCUCUACCUCCCUGAACAUUUAUCCUGUGCCCAGGCAACUUUCACCAUGAAAAUCCUUUGAAUUACCCUCCCUGACGAUAUCUCUUGACACAGCAUCUUCCAUUCUCAUCUGUGGAAGAGUCACUUUCUCACCCCCUAUUCAAGUGGAGCAUGAAGAGAAGAGUCUGAAUUGCAUUUCAUUUCUGAAACAUUCCAAAGACUAUUUAGUUGACCUUCAAAUAGUCAAGCUAUUGGCUUCACCACCUACCAACAAGCCCUAGAUGCAAUUAGAAUAAUAGCUCCCUUUUUGGUUUACGUCUUCUAUAUGCCAGGUGCUCCACAUGUUAUUUCACUUCAUCCUGACACCAUGUUUGCAAAAGAUGUGUCACUAUCUACAUAUUACAAAUGAGGAAACUGAAGCUCGGGGUGAUAAAGUGACUUGCCCAACUGUGUGACUGUGAAGGCCGUGUUCUUUCCAGGACACUGUACCUCUCAGUUGUCCUCAACCCUGCUGCAUCACCCACUGCCCCGUCCCAGUCCCCACAUCCUUACAAUUCAGAAUCCUUGCUUCUGUGACAAUGGCAUCAUCUGGCUCACACUUUCCUGCUGGCCCCAUCUUCUGUAGAAACCAAGGCCAUGGAUCAGGUCACAAUCAACUCAGGGACCCACCCUGCUAUCGGAUUCAUUCGCCAGCUCCAACACAUGAGCCUGCUGGAGAAACACUACCAGGGGUUGGACUCCCCUGCAACCUGGGUCAGUCUUGCAUCUUCUGUGUGCCUGCUCUCUAACCACAUUCAUUGAUGACUUAAUCACUGCCUGAUGAGGAACUGCCCCAUCUUUGUGAGUUCUGGCAUUCAUACAUGGAUGAAUGGUGGGUGGAGGGAAGGAGGGAUGAAUCUAAUAAGGGAAAUGAGUAAGGCAGUCUACACAGGCACAAGAGCAUAGAGGCCUGCUCCACAGCCAGAGCCACCUAAGUGCCAACAGGUGUUUGGAGCCAUGAGGGUUGAUGAAGGAAGGCUUCUCAAAGAGCAAAUUUUAAAACAGGACACUAUGGCCUGGCAGAAAGGAGAGACAGGAGUCCCUCCCCACCCAGGAGCCCAGCUUCCUUUUGCUCUGCAGUCAUACCCUUAGCUGAAGCCUUGGCCGCUGUGCCCACUGAUGCUGAGGCAUAGAUUGUCCAGAUGCUGAAGAAAAUAGCAUCUGCCCCUGCACAGCUACCCUGGCCUCUCUAAGAGCCAGCUUCAUUGGCAGGCCUGAGUUCAUAGAGAUAGGGAGGGAGGAUCUCAAAGCCUAGAGCUGCUUCAGGGUCACCCUGAUAUAGCAAUUAUCAUUCAGGAGUGAGACAGGCCAGGGCCCCAACUCACCCAAACUCCAUUCUCCUCUGUCUACUCCCACCUGCCUACCUUUCCUCUGCUGUUCCUUAUUGCUUCAUCCAGGGCAUUAAAAUCCUGGAGGUUUCUGGGUGGAACCUCCUGUGGCUCAAUGAGUAGGGCGCCGGCCCCAUAUACCGAGGGUGGCGGGUUCAAAUUCGACCCCAGCCAAACUGCAACAAAAAAUAGCCGGCAUUGUGGCAGACACCUGUGGUCCCAGCUACUAGGGAGGCUGAGGCAAGAGAAUCGCCUAAGCCCAAGAGCUGGAGGUUGCUGUAAGCAC